UCUCACUCGUUCAGCUUCAUUGCACACUUCUCUCACCUCCGACGUUUUGUUUGUAAUCCCCAGUUGAUCGAGAAUGAACAGGAACGAAGAGGAAGAGCAAUGCAAAAGAAACCAAGAGGCGUUCAAGAGGUUCUUCGAGCAUAUCCCAAGGACUGCGAUAAUGGGCAUGCUUUCCUUCUUCCUCCACGACAAGUUGAGUAAGUACGAGAAAGACCCAAGCAAACCCUUUUCCAAUGCUCUCGCCUACGCCUCCGUGGGCUACGUUGUGUUUCAGAUCGCACACGGGUUUGCUCGAGCUAAGAAUCCUACAUCUUUCGUUUUCGACUUUAUCUCUAUUCUCUGUGGACUUGCAUCCGUUGUCAUUGCCUUCGCUGCUAUCUUCAACAACUGAGUCAAUCCCGGAUGAGUUAGGGUUUUUCUCAAAAUAAAAUCUGAGAUUGGCAUGUUUGCUAGUUGAGUAAUUUCAGUUUUAUUAUUCAUGUAACGAAUCUAUGGAUUUAUGUUUCUUUUUAGAGAUUUGAUUUGAGUUUGAUGACGUCUUCGUUUUCAAUAAAGCAGUAUAAGAACA